GUAUAUAAACCAGUCGCGAGUUGUUUUGCUCAAAAUUGAUCGACUGAACGUGAGAGAUUGUGCCCCGGGAAUGUUUAUAUCCGCCAUUAUAUUACAAUAACAUGAUAAUAAAUAACAUAAUAUUCUCUUUAUAGUUGAUGGAAGUUUUAAAUAUUUUGCUAACAGGACUUUAUUUAGCUAGGGCGGAUUUGUGAAAAAGGUUGGUUUCAAAUAUAAUAAACAUGACGACGCUUACCCAGACGACGAAAUCUUGCCGACCAAAGGUAUAUAUAACACGGCAGAUUCCACAGAAAGGGCUGGACAUGUUGCUAGGCAGAUGUAACGUAUCGUUCUGGGACAGCGCAGAUCCAGCGCGAAAGGCGGAGCUGCUUGUAAACGUUCCCGGCUGCAGUGUGCUGGUGUGUAUGCCGACGGACAAAAUCGACCGGGAUAUACUUAAUGCUGCAGGUCCGUCUUUGAAGAUUGUAGCGACAAUGUCCGAGGAUGCCGAUCAUAUCGACACUUCCGAGUGUACAAGACGGAACAUCCGGAUCCUGACCUUACCAAAGGUUACCAUAGAUACAGUGACCCACAUGGCCAUAGCACUUCUGAGGAUCAUCACAACUGAGUGGACUUCUGGUUCUUCGAGUAAUUUGAACCUUAUUGUACAGUCGAAGGAUGUGAUUCAGGCUACAAAGGAUGACCCUGCCUACCGCCUGGAGCUUAGUAACCGGACAGUUGGUUUUAUUGGUAUGGGGCCACUCGGAUUAUCAGUCGGGAAGACGCUCAGAGAUCUAGACGUGACAUCUAUAAUUUACCAUGAUUUAGAGCUAGUUGGCAUGGCAACAGACAUUGGCGCGAAUUUUGUAGAGAAAGACAAAUUGUUAGCAAGCAGUGAUAUCAUCUUUGUGUGUUCAAAUCUCGAAUCGUCUGGCAAGAAAUACUGCUUGUUCAAUAAAGAUGCUUUCAAGAAAAUGAAGUCGUCUGCAAUUUUAAUUGACGUUACCAAGGGCUUGCUCGCCAACUUCACAGAUUUGUACAACGCGUUACGUGACGGGGAAAUUGAAGCGGUUGGAUUGGACGUUAGAGAAUAUGACGUCAUACCCAAUCGACACCCGCUCACAAGUCUAGAGAACUGUUAUUUCUUGCCAUACAGAGAAUGCUAUAAAUGGGACGGGCGGCGUAAAUGCUCAGCUGAGCUAGCCACUUGUAUUCUGUCUACCCUUCAAGAACUUGAAUUCACCCAAAAGAAGCAGCCAGCCGUUAAAUGUGCCAAGAUGGAACCCCUCGUUCCGAAAAUGAACAUUCCGUUACAUGUCUGAAUGUUUUAGUACGAAGUCUUGCUUCGAACUGGUUGUAUGUCUUCAUGAUAAAUGGCAUUUUUUAUCAUAGUUGCAACAUGUGGCAUAACUGACAAAAAUGGUACAACAUUCGUUCAACAACGGUACUGGACUAAAUGGUGUCAGCACCUCACUAUACGCAUUGGGUUUUGGCCCAAUAUAUUACUAGCGAACAUAUUUUAAUUAUAUGUAUUUAAUUAAGACGCAUGGCAUUUAGUAUUUGCACAUAUUUGACCAAGUUUUCGGCGACAAAGGACAUCUUGUUAAUAAGGUAUGCAAAUAAGACACUCGCAAACUUGUGUCACCAUUUCAGUUAAAUACAUCAUCGUUACAAUAUAAUCGUCUGUCAUAAAUAGUUGUCAAGCUUGCAAAACGUUUUGUACAUUUUGCUUAUUCAUCACAAAACUAACUUUGUUUUACCAGCCGAGUAUGAUAUAUGAUCUAUGUUGUUUUUAUUUUACUUUGAAAAGAAUGUAUGGCUUUACGUAAUUAUGCCAGAUGUAGAAAAUAUAAUAUUUGUUGGAAAAUAUUUUUCUAUAUCAAUCAGAUGUCUUGUAUAGAAAGAAUUAUCAUUUCCCUUAAUACUGAUCUCAUUUUGUGACUGUGUUAAUGUGUUAACUUCUUCAAUUUAUACGACACGUGUAUAUAAUUAUUAAUAAUUAUUGUAUAUGAAAUUGUGUGUAUAUAGAUUUGUCCGAUCAUAGAAUUUAGUGUUAAGAGGGCAAAAUGAUGUAUAUCAUUGUUAUUUGUUAUGUUUUAUCAUGUUUUAAAUAUAAUAUGAACAUUAAAAAAAUGUACGGUAUACAUGUACACAGAGGUACAGUCGUUACCUCAGUAUGUAACAUUCAUGCAGUUGAACUGUGAAAACACUCAGUUGUACAUGUAUAAAUGCACAAGAAUGUUACAAAAUCAUACUAGUAUAAACGGUACAUUAAAAUGCAGUUAAAUCUU